AUGGUAGAUGGCGCUGCCCGGAUUGUAGAUGGUGCUGCCCGGAUUGUAGAUGGUGCUGCCCGGAUUGUAGAUGGUGCUGCCCAGAUUGUAGAUGGUGCUGCCCGGAUUGUAGAUGGCGCUGCCCGGAUUGUAGAUGGCGCUGCCCGGAUUGUAGAUGGCGCUGCCCGGAUUGUAGAUGGCGCUGCCCGGAUUGUAGAUGGUGCUGCUCGGAUUGUAGAUGGUGCUGCCCGGAUUGUAGAUGGUGCUGCCCGGAUUGUAGACGGUGCUGCCUGGAUUGUAGAUGGUGCUGCUCGGAUUGUAGAUGGUGCUACCCAGAUUGUAGAUUGGGCUGCCCGGAUUGUAGAUGGUGCUGCCCGGAUUGUAGAUGGUGCUGCCCGGAUUGUAGAUGAUGCUGCCCGGAUUGUAGAUGGUGCUGCCCGGAUUGUAGAUGGUGCUGCCCGGAUUGUAGAUCUGACCUCGCUCUCCACGGGCGUUAUAGUGGGCAUUGCUGUGGGCUGCUUUGCUGGCUUCACUCUGCUCGCUUCUGUGCUCGCAUGGCUGCUGUGGCCCCGUGGACCAAAGAAGUGGGAGGGGCUGGAUGCGUGUGAGCAGUUCUCGCUGCAGCAAAUGGUGAAGGCCACCAAGAACUGGUCAGAGGAUAAUGUGCUGGGAAAGGGUGGCUUCGGCAUUGUAUACAAAGGCCACUCGCCACAGGGCCAGCUCUGGGCUAUCAAGCGCUCCACUGUCAUGACCAACGACUUUGAAAUAGAGGUGCGAGCCAUGGCCUCUCUCCACCACACGCAUCUCGUUCGCCUACUCGGCUUCUGUUUGGACCAGAACGUGGAGACGGGCAAGCAGGAGCAGAUCCUGGUGUACGAGUUUGUGGGCAAUAGGGACCUGCAGUACAACAUUUACAGAACCAAGAGUAAGUUACGGUACCUUCACAAUUGCCAGGCGAUUGCUCGCUAG